AUGGCUGCCAACUCGAAUCCCUCCAGUGAGGCUGAACCACAGCAGCAGCCCCGCCAGAAUGCCCGCCAGCGUGCUCAAAAAUGGAUGACCAAGGGCGGCCUGGUCCGUGAAGACUCAGACGACGAAUUGGGUGACGAAGACCACCCGUGGGACUGGAUAUAUGCCGAAAAUGACGCCGAGCCGGAGGAACCCAUCAAUGCCAGCCCAGAAAAAUCCAACCGACGACGAUCAUCACGCCCGGCGAGGAGGAAGCGCGCCAUCCUCGGAGCUCGCAUGGGAUCAUUCGAAUGCAGGAUUGGCCAAAUCGUGCUGUUGAAGUCACCGGAAGCUGGCAAAGAUUGGGUGGGAAUUAUCAUGGAGUUUGUGGAGGAAGAGGACGAAGACGAAGAGGACAAGAAGAUCAAGUCGGCCAGCAUCAUGUGGUUUGCUUCUCCAGAUGAGUUUCUGUCCACAAGGAACAAGCGCAGGGCCGACGCGCUACCCAACGAGCAGUACCUGACUCAAGAUUUCAACACAAACCCCCUUUACUCCAUCAGUGGCAAAGCUACGGUCAUGUCCAAGGACGCCUUUUUCGCAAAAUACCCCAACGGAGAUCCUCCAAAAAACAAGGACCAGCUAGCCGAAUACAACAAGUGCAUUGUCUGCCGCAGGGGUGUCAACCAGGUCCAAGGGCGAUACACGGAAGAGUUCAACUGGGAGGAGGUGUACAAGGAGGACAAUGUCCACGAGCUCGUCAGCUUGGUUAGGGAAGGAUUAAAAGCAGCUCGAAAGCGCAAAGCCGCUGACUCUGAGUAUGUGGAGAAUAAGGAUGAGAGCGCAGCAGCACCGGCAACCCCGAGAAAAAGGCAACGAGUGGCCGCCAGUGCGACGCCCAAAUCCCAGCGAAAGAAGUCACUUACAACGCCCACACAUAAGAGAAUUGUUGUCAAAAAACCGCUUGAAUUUACUCCACUAGGCACGCGAGUUCUAUCACAAGAUCACUUUGCCUCGCCAUAUCGUCAAGCCCGUACUUUGCUUCAUGUGUCCACUGUUCCGGAAUCCCUGCCCUGCCGGAAGAACGAAUUCAACGAAGUAUACAACCAUCUCAGUGCAGCCAUUAUGGAGGGCACGGGUGCCUGUAUCUAUAUCUCCGGUACACCGGGUACUGGUAAAACAGCGACCGUUCGGGAAGUAGUGGCCCAGUUGAACGCAGCCGUGGAAGCCGAGGAAAUGGAUGAUUUCAUCUUCUGCGAAAUCAAUGGCAUGAAGAUCACAGACCCACACCAGGCUUAUUCAAUGCUAUGGAAGGAGCUGAAAGGAGACCGCGUAUCGCCUUCUCAUGCGUUGGACUUGCUCGAACAAGAAUUCUCCCACCCCUCACCACGCCGAGUGUCCUGCGUCGUGCUGAUGGACGAAUUGGAUCAGCUGGUCACCAAAAACCAAUCUGUCAUGUACAACUUCUUCAACUGGCCUGCUCUGCGCCAUUCGCGACUCAUUGUUCUGGCCGUGGCCAACACCAUGGAUCUUCCGGAACGAACACUCAGCAACAAGAUUUCCAGCCGUCUCGGCCUCACCCGCAUCACGUUCCCAGGAUACAAGCACACCGAUCUCAUGGAAAUCAUCGGCACACGACUCGCAAACGUGCCUGGUAACAUCGUCGACCCAGACGCUGUCCAAUUCGCCAGUCGGAAAGUCGCCGCCGUCAGCGGUGAUGCCCGUCGCGCCCUGGACAUCUGCCGCCGUGCCGUUGAAAUCGCCGAACAAGAAGCAGAAGAGGUCGCUGCCGCAGACUCCAUUAUUCCAGAAGAAGACGAAGAAGAAGUACCUCCCACGCCCAGCAAGACACCUGCUCGUCGCAACAAACCGCUUGCGGCAGCCCCAGACACUGCCCUUACCCUCAAGCCAAAGCCUGGCAAGGGAAAGCCUGGCCGUGUCACAAUCGCUACCAUCAAGCAAGCCAUUCAAGAAGCAACCUCAACUCCACUCCAGCAAUCUCUUCGGUCUCUCCCGCUCUCGGGCAAACUUUUCUUGGCAGCACUUCUCGCCCGCGUACACCGCACCGGCAUUGCCGAGUCAACAUUCGGUGAUGUCCUGGACGAAGCACGCCGCAUUGCUGACGCAGCAGUCGCAGUGGCUGGUGCCGCGGGUACAGGGGUGAAAGAGUUCCUUCUUGGGGGAGGUGCUACUGCUAGAGUGCGUGCUCUAGGUUUUGCAGCCAUGGAGCUCAUGAACUCGGGCGUCCUGGCCUUGGAACAGGGGACUGGAUCGAAGAAUUUGCUCGGUGGGUCUACGAUCCCAAAUCGCGGUGACCGGACGAGUAAGAUUCGGUUGCGGGUUGCGGCAGAGGAUGUGCGAUCUGCAUUCCGAGAGGAUAUCGAGGCCAAGGGCUUCGGAUUAGGGGUUGACGUGUAA